UCCGUAUCCGGGAGAACCGGCCAGAACUGAAGAUUGACAAAGCUGGCGGACUUCACCAGCCCGGUGGCAGUUUCUGUGACGACAUAGGCGUGAAUACUACUUAGGCUUGCUCCUCCCCCUCUCUCCCACUUUCCCACUUUCUCUCCAGUUUUCUCUCUUUCCCCUUGCUCUCCCUCCUUAUUCCCGUUCAUCUCCUUCAUAUCUUCCUUCACAUCCUUCACGGUGUGUAUACUAUCCCUAAACCCAGUCUAUUUUGCUCUCUCCCCUCCUUAGAGCUCUCCCGGCUGUGCCCCGCACUGACGCAACAGCUGAAAAAAGAACCUCCCGCUCCACAACAGCCCCUCAUCAUGCCCGGUUUUUCGCAGGCCACCGAGCUGGAUGCUUGGAAGAAGCUCCAGGACCAUCACAACACCCUGGGACGCAACAUUGUCCUCAAGGAAUACUUCGAGAAGGACCCCAAGCGCUUCGAGAAGUUCUCCCGCACUUUCGUCAACCCCGUUGACAACUCCGAGAUUCUCUUUGACUUCUCCAAGAACUUCCUCACCGAAGACACUCUGAGCCUCUUGGUCAAGCUGGCCAAGGAGGCUGACCUGGAGAAGCUUCGCGAUGACAUGUUCCGUGGUGAUCCCAUCAACUUCACCGAGAACCGUGCCGUCUACCACGUUGCUCUGCGCAAUGUCACCAACCAGCCCAUGCAGGUGAACGGCAAGAGCGUCGUUGAGGAAGUCAACUCGGUGCUCGAGCACAUGAAGGAGUUCUCCGAGCAGGUCAGGAGCGGUGAAUGGAAGGGUUACACUGGCAAGAGGAUCAAGACGGUCAUCAACAUUGGUAUUGGUGGCUCUGACCUCGGUCCUGUCAUGGUGACUGAGGCUUUGAAGGCCUAUGGUCACCCUGAGCUCAAGCUUCACUUUGUCUCCAACAUCGAUGGAACCCACAUUGCAGAGGCUCUGAAGGACUCUGACCCAGAAACUACCCUUUUCCUAAUUGCCUCCAAGACGUUCACCACCGCCGAAACCACGACUAAUGCAAACUCUGCGAAGACCUGGUUCUUGGCCAAGGCCAAGGAUGAGGCCCAUAUCGCUAAGCACUUCGUCGCCCUCUCGACCAACACCGCUGAGGUCACCAAGUUUGGCAUUAGCGAGAAGAACAUGUUUGGCUUCGAAUCCUGGGUUGGUGGCCGUUACUCCGUGUGGAGUGCCAUUGGUCUCUCGGUCGCUAUCUACAUCGGUUUCGACAACUUCCACCAGUUCCUGGCCGGUGCUCACGCUAUGGACAAGCACUUCCGCGAAACUCCCCUGGAGCAGAACAUCCCUGUCUUGGGUGGCCUGUUGAGUGUCUGGUACAGUGACUUCUUCGGUGCCCAGACUCAUCUGGUGGCUCCCUUCGACCAGUACCUGCACCGAUUCCCGGCCUAUCUGCAACAACUUUCCAUGGAGAGCAAUGGUAAGGCGAUCACUCGCUCCGGAGAAUACGUCAAGUACACUACCGGCGCCAUCUUGUUUGGCGAGCCUGCCACCAAUGCCCAGCACAGUUUCUUCCAGUUGCUCCACCAGGGCACUAAGCUUAUCCCUGCCGACUUCAUUAUGGCAGUGGAGUCGCAUAACCCUAUUGAGGGCGGUAAGCACCAGCGCAUGCUUGCUUCCAACUUCCUUGCCCAGGCCGAGGCUUUGAUGAUCGGCAAGACUCCGGAGCAAGUCAAGGCCGAAGGUGCACCAGACAAUUUGGUGUCGCACAAGACCUUCCUUGGAAACAGACCCACGACCUCUAUUCUGGCCCAGAAGAUCACCCCCUCUACUCUGGGUGCUCUGAUUGCCUACUACGAACACGUUACCUUCACCGAAGGAGCAAUCUGGAACAUUAACUCCUUCGACCAGUGGGGUGUUGAACUGGGCAAGGUUCUUGCUAAGAAGAUCCAGAAGGAGCUGGAGACUGCCGGUGCCGGUGGUGAUCACGAUGCCUCUACCAGCGGUCUCCUUCUUCACUUCAAGCGCAGGGCCAAGUUGGCGUAGAUUGGCAGGGACCAGGAUGAACAAAAAGGCGAAAACGAGAAGCACGAUUAAUUGUCUUUUACUUUGAGGAGAAAGCAUCAUACUCUUCUUUUUUCUAGUCGACAUGGUGUACGGAGUAGGAAUAAACAUUUAUGGAUAGAUGAGCAUACAAGUUCUGUCGCAGCAACUGGCAUAGCAAUGACCGUCUGCAGGCCAGCGAUAUUAGAUUGUAAAUUCUGAAAUGGAUGUGUCCACCUGUCUUCAAGCCGUUCAGUAUAUGGUACUCCUUACGUG